AUGAAAAGCGGAGGGAACACAAACACGAAGCUCAUACUUCUUCAUCCAUACAUUCAAAAACAAACAAGCACAAAUCGUCUAUGGCUUCUCGCCUUCGUCUCUUUCUUCACAAUCGCUUUCCUCUUAACUCUCCUCUACACCACCGACUCCAUCAUCCCUAUCAAAAACAGCUCCGUCGUCUCCUCCGCCGUCUCCUCAGCUCCGGUCCCACAACUGCCAACGAGCGCCAUCAAUGCUCUGCUUCACUACGCGUCAAGAUCUAACGACAGCUUCCACAUGUCGUACGGCGAGAUGAAAUCCAUUUCCGACGUCCUCCGCCGCUGCGCUCCGCCGUGCAAUCUCCUCGUUUUCGGCCUCACGCACGAAACCCUCCUCUGGAAAUCGCUAAACCACAACGGCCGGACCGUGUACAUCGAAGAGAACCGGUACUACGCGGCCUACUUCGAAGAAAUCCACCCGGAGAUCGAAGUCUUCGACGUUCAGUACACGACGAAAGCGCGUGAGGCGCGUGAGCUCGUGUCGGCGGUGAAAGAGGCGGCGAAGAACGAGUGUCGUCCCGUGCAGAAUCUUCUCUUCUCCGAUUGCAAGUUGGGUCUCAACGAUUUGCCGAAUCACGUCUACGAUGUCGAUUGGGAUGUGAUCUUAGUCGACGGGCCGCGUGGCGACGGCGGAGAUGUACCGGGAAGAAUGGCGUCGAUUUUCACGGCGGCGGUUCUCUCCCGGAGUAAAAAACCCGGCGUAGGGAGUCCGAAAACGCACGUGUUCGUUCACGAUUAUUACAGAGACGUCGAGAGGCUUUGCGGCGACGAGUUUCUUUGCCGGGAGAAUCUCGUUGAAUCUAACGAUAUGCUUGCGCACUACGUGUUGGAAAGGAUGGAUAAAAACAGCACGCAGUUCUGUCGCGAUCGGAAGAAACGCUCUGUUUCUCCAUCGCCUUGA